CGAAAAGUAAACAGCAAAAGCUUUUGCCUGUACAAAAAAAAGAAAAAAAAAGCAUGCUUCUACCGCCCAUCUCCCCCGAUGUCGCCGGCGCCGUCGUUCGGCAGACUCGCGCAGACAGCCCGUUCCCUCAUUCUCCCUGUCCUACACGCCGCCGCCUUCGCUUCCGCUUGGUCAGUCCGAUCCGCACCCACUCAUCCUCGAUCUCCCUCUCCGCGGCCGUCCCCUCGCGACCGGCGAAGCCGUCGGUCUGCACCGCCGACGAGCUCCAUUACGCCCCCGUUUCCGGGGCCGGGUGGCGUCUGGCGCUCUGGCAAUAUAAGCCGCCUCCUCAUGCGCCGGUGAGGAACCACCCGUUAAUGCUUCUGUCGGGGGUCGGGACGAACGCCAUCGGAUUCGAUCUCUCACCCCAGGCCUCAUUUGCCCGUCACAUGUCUAACCAAGGAUUUGAUACAUGGAUAGUUGAAGUAAGAGGUGCUGGUUUGAGCACACGUGAAUAUGGUAGUUCGGUUGCAUCUGGGUCAAGCGCUACUGAGGAUAUAUCUAGCGAUGUUCCACAUCUUGAUGAGCAAAGCACAUUGGAGGCUGCUUCACCGCACAGUUCUGGGGGCUCUGCUAUUGGUUUUGAUGACCUUGGAAUAGUUGCUCUUGACGAACCACCUUUAGUGGCUGAGCUGGCUAAUUUUUUUGAUCGGAUCUCAAAACUUCUGGAAGAGGCUAGGUUAAGUAAAAAUCUUAAUGAGAUUUCAGAAAAAAUUUCAGCUCUCUCAGAAAUGGCAGAGAGCUCUGCAAUUAUUGGUCCAAUGAAAGAAGAAAGCCUACGUCUUCUGAAGAAUUUUCAAGAACAUAUCGACUCCUGGGAACACUUUGUGGCAACACAGAUGCAGCUAACUUCUGAAUAUAACUGGGACUUCGACCAUUACUUGGAGGAGGAUAUACCAACUGUGAUGGAGUAUAUAAGACAGCAUAGCAUAGCAACAGAUGGGAAGUUACUUGCUAUUGGACACUCAAUGGGAGGAAUUUUGUUAUACGCAACGCUGUCGAAAUCUGGUUCUGAAGGAGUUCCAUCAAAUUUGGCAGCUAUUGUUACUUUGGCUUCAUCUGUUGAUUACACAGCAUCCAAUUCAUCGCUGAAGAUGUUUCUGCCUCUCGCUCAUCCUGCACAGGCUCUUAAUGUCCCUGCUCUCCCAUUGGGUGCAUUAUUAGCAGCAGCAUAUCCCUGGGCAUCUGCUCCACCGUAUCUUCUUUCCUGGCUUAAUCCUCAAAUAUCAGCUCAGGACAUGAUGCAUCCAGAGUUGUUGUCCAAGCUUGUUUUUAACAACUUCUGUACAGUACCUGCAAAGGUUGUCCUGCAACUUACCACCGCUUUUCGGGAGGGCGGGCUAUGCAACCGGACUGGAACUUUCUCAUACAAGGAUCAUUUGAGAGAUUGUCAGACCCCAGUCCUGGCACUGGCUGGAGAUAGGGAUCUCAUCUGCCCUCCAGAAGCCGUUUAUGAAACUGUCAAACUCAUUCCCCAGCACAUGGUGAACUAUAAAGUCUUUGGAAAACCAGAAGGCCCACAUUAUGCACAUUAUGACUUGGUUGGGGGCCGGCUGGCAACGGAUGAAGUUUAUCCAUGCAUCACAGAGUUCCUUUCUCGCCAUGAUCGGUUGUUAAUUUAGUUCUAAAGCUACAAAAGUUGAAAGAUAGCGCUGGUUCACUUAUAAAACGUCAUGCUCAUCUCAGAAUGUUUUUAAGUUGAGUUGAACAUACUUAGCAAGAUAUUUUCACUCGUUAUCCAUGUAUCAUAUGACCAGUUUAAUUCCUGCAAACAAAGUGUAUUGUGUCUGUGUGUCAGCGUGCCACUUGCUAUGCAAAAUGUAGAUUUAUGUCUGUAUAUUAUAAUGGACAUUAGCCAGAUGAAAAAGAAAGAGAUCAAAGAAAUCUUAUCAUGGACAUUAGUUACUGUGUUGUAUAUCCUUUCUCCAGGAGAAAAUUAAGUUGCCAUGUUGGGACUUGUUUGAUAUGCAACACUAUAUUUAUGUCAA